GUGUGCGUAGAAAGUGUGUCAGGCGAGCGGAUCAGCAGAAGACGCGUCUGAGGGGACGGAGGGCUGGAAGGAGGUAUCGCGAGCGGGGGGCGGAAUUGAACUGAGUAGCUACCCAUGCAAAGAGACGCGUUUUAUGCGAUCCCAAAGCCCUGCCACGAGUGUGACAGCAACCGUGUGACAAAAAGCGUCACCGCGCGCCCACAGAGCGCACACCUACCCUCUAUAGCAAGUCCACGCGCGCGCCCACCCAGCCAAACACGCCCAAACGCACACACCUGCCCAAAAGGGCAGGUGGCUGUUGGUAACUCGGUGGUCGCCACUGUCCGAAAAGGGAAGGCCAGAGUUGCCCAGUUAGGAAGGUCAAGUGCAAAGCGCGGUGGCGCGCCGUGGCGCGCGACCACGUUCCGGCCCGAUAAGGAAGGCGCCCCCCAAAGAGCGGGUUUUGAGGCGAAACCCACCCGUCCAAGCGUGCGCGGUGCCCCGGGUGGCAUGACGCGACCACACGGCUGUGCAGGAUGUGCCGCCAGAAAGCCACGAUCGACGGCGUAGGGCGCCACCACGCACCGGAGGAACAACGAAGGGUCACCGAUACGUAGCGGCACACAGGUAACUCGUGCCGCCUUCGCAGGGUGGACAACUGCCCAGGCCCAGGCCGUGCUCUAGUGGGGGUGUGGCGACACGUCAGCUCCACGAACAAACAAGCACUCACAGAAUCUUUCGAGCCCGUCGUCCGCCAGCGCUGCCGCUGCGCGCGCGGCGAUGUUG